UUGAGAGCGUCAGAGUAAUGUCGGCAGCAGAAACGUGUGCUUCGUUGGCGGCGCUUUAGUGUUCGUUUGAUUGAAAAUAUACAAAUUUGCACAAAAUAAUAAUUUAUAAGCACAAAUUAGUUAUUAAAACACAAAGUAAUUUUUUGAAAAGGUGUAAAUUAAAAGGAAUUCAAAAUAAAGUGAGUUUAUUUUAUAAAAUGUGUAUUUUCGAUGGCUGAAAAGCAACGUGUAAGGUGCGUUUCUGUGUGUGUGGUUGUCUGCAGCCCAGCAACCACCCUAACUGAGUUAGCACGUGAACGCGCGGCGAAAAUGUGCAAAACAAAAAAUACGGAAGAGGAAUAAGACAAAAUAAGAAGUGUAUUAAUAAAAAAUAAAAAUACAAAAAAAAAUAAAUAAUAAUAAAUUUAUAUCGAUAGUAAUGAAAGUAGCAGCAGUUGCUGGGCGGCAAUGGUCUGAGAUACAAACACUACUCUGAAGGUCAUUGGUGGUUUAAUGUAUUGUUACUUGUUUGGUGACUGGUGUGUUGGCUUGUGGACUGUUUGAUAUUUUAACACAACCUUCUAAUUGCGGACACUCCCUCACAGUUAGGUAAUGACGAGUAGUACGGGUCCCAGGAUUGUUAUCAUAGGCGCAGGCGUCUCUGGCAUUUCCUGUGCUGUACGACUGCUCGACUAUGGUUUUCAAAAUGUACUACUGCUAGAGGCUGAACCCCGGAUUGGCGGGCGUGUGUAUACUAUACCGUUUGGCGAGAAUGUCAUAGACUUGGGCGCCCAAUGGUGUCACGGUGAAAAGGACAAUAUUAUUUUUGAGCUGGCUAACAAACAUAAGUUGCUCGAAUCGACGGGCGACGUCUAUGAAAAUUACCAGUGCAUACGCUCAAAUCGAGAGGUUGUGCCUGAAAGUGUGAGUCAACGACUAAAAGAUAUCGUCAACGAUAGUUUAGUGACGCGUCAAAUGGAACUGCGUAACUGUAACGGUUCGUUGGGUAGCUAUUUAACAAAUAAAUUCUAUGAGGCUUUGCGUAGGCCGGAAAAUUCCGAUAUUGAUAUGGCGAUAGCUAGAGAGUUCUUUGAAAAUUAUCAAAAAUUCGAGAACUCAGUAGAGGCCUCGGACACGUUAGAUGAGGUAUCCGGUCGUGGAUAUUUGGAAUAUUGGGAGUGUGAGGGUGAUAUACUACUAAACUGGAAAGAUAAGGGAUUCAUUGAAUUCUUACGAUUGAUAACAAAAGCGCGGGAGUUAGACAAUGAAUUGGGCGUACUGGAGAAGCGUGUGCUGUUAGAAAAACGUGUGACACAAAUCCACUGGCGCCGCAAUGACUACGGUGUGGAUGUGAAGUGUGAGGAUGGUGAGAAGAUUAUUGCUGAACACGUGAUAUUCACCGCAUCGCUGGGUGUACUCAAGGAACAACAAAUAACACUUUUUGAACCAAAAUUGCCUGUGGAGAAGCAACGUGCCAUCGAUGGACUGGCUUUCGGCACGGUAAAUAAGAUCUUUGUGGAAUUCCCCGAGAAGUUUUGGCCUGACGACUGGACCGGUUUUACGAUGUUGUGGCGCGAGGAAGACAUCAACGAAAUACGCGGUACUUCCCGCGCUUGGCUAGAGGAUGUGUUCGGCUUUUACUGUGUCAGCUAUCAGCCGAAAAUUUUAAGCGGUUGGAUUAUUGGCGCCAAUGGACGUCACAUGGAGACAUUACCCGAUGAUGAAGUGCUUGCCGGUUGCAUGUAUCUCUUCCGCAAAUUCCUACAAUGGGAUAUACCCAACCCGUGCAGCUUUAAAACCUCAGCCUGGCAUACGAAUGCCAACUUCCGUGGCUCUUAUUCAUUUCGUUCCAUGAACACCGAAGAGAUCGGCACCAGCGCACGCGAAUUGGCGCAACCGCUCACGGUUGUCACGAGUCCGCCACUAAGUAACGGCGGCGAGUCGAAUGCGAAUCCACUCUAUCCACAAACACGUUGUGAUAAACCGAUCGUACAAUUUGCCGGCGAAGCGACCAGUGAUCAUUACUACUCAACCGUGCAUGGCGCUGUGGAGGCGGGUUGGCGCGAGGCGAAGCGCUUGGCGGAUUUCUACGGCAUGUCACGAAAUGGCAGAAAGGAACCAAGAGCACAGUUAUAACAGUUUUAGGACUUUGGAUGCUAAUAGUGGCACGUGUUGAAUAAUUGUCUCACGUUAGCCACUGUCGCGGCAUUCAGAGUCCCGAAUAUGCGCAUUGAAAAAUAUAAAUCGACAAAUUUCCAUUA